GGGCAGAGUGCUGGGAACAUUGCUGCUCCCAGCAGGACAGCAAGAACCAGAAAGACCUGUGAGGAGUCAAGCCCAGGGCCACAGGGUUUGGACAGACACCAGGACCAUGGCCAAGCUGGUGGAGUGCGUCCCCAACUUCUCGGAGGGAUGCAACAAGGAGUCUGCAGGGAACAGUGUCCGCAGGAACAGCAAUUUGUGAUGGUGCCCUUUGGCACGCAGCAGCAGCUGGGCAGCUCUACAAGGGCUUGAGGCUACGUGAGGGCUGGAGACAUCUCAGAGUCACAGCUCUGCCAACUGGGAGUUGGAUGCUCAUGCUUGUGAUCGAGGCGCUGGGGCGGGCCAUCUCCCAGACACCAGGCUGCACACUGUUGGAUGUGGACGCUGGUGCAUCCACCAACCGUACUGUCUACACCUUUGUGGGAACCCCUGAAGCUGUUGUUGAAGGGGCACUGAGCGCAGCCCGCAUGGCUUGGGAGCUCAUUGACAUGAGUCGGCACAAGGGUGAACAUCCUCGCAUGGGGGCGCUGGAUGUCUGCCCCUUUGUGCCAGUGAUGAACAUCAGCAUGGAAGAGUGUGUUAUUUGUGCCCACGUCUUUGGGCAACGCUUAUCAGAGGAGCUGGGAGUGCCUGUGUACCUGUAUGGAGAAGCAGCCAGGCAGGAGAGCAGGAGAACCCUGCCUGCCAUCCGUGCUGGGGAAUACGAGGCGCUCCCCAAGAAGCUUGAAAAACCUGAGUGGGUUCCUGAUUUUGGGCCCCCAACCUUUGUUCCCCAGUGGGGGGCCACGGUGACAGGGGCCCGGACCUUCCUGAUUGCAUACAAUAUCAAUCUUCUAUGCACCAAGGAGCUGGCACACCGCAUCGCCCUUAACAUCCGUGAGCAGGGUCGUGGUGCUGAUCAGCCUGGAAGCUUGAAGAAGGUGCAAGGCAUUGGUUGGUAUUUGGAGGAGGAAAACAUAGCCCAGGUUUCAACAAAUCUCCUGGACUUUGAGACCACACCGCUCCAUGCCGUCUAUGAGGAGGUCUGCUAUAAUGCAGAGGCACUGAAGCUCCCUGUGGUGGGAUCCCAGCUGGUGGGGCUCGUUCCCAAGAAGGCCAUGCUGGAUGCAGCUGAGUUUUACAUCAAGAAGGAAAAACUCUUCAUACUGGAAGAGGAACACAAGAUCAAACUGGUUGUCAGCCGGCUCGGUCUGGACUCCCUGUCUCCAUUCAACCCCCGGGAGCGCAUCAUUGAGUACCUGGUGCAGGCAGGACAGGAGGACAAGGGGCUGGUCACAAAGCCACUGGGUGCCUUCGUGCGAGCAGUCGGCGGGAGGUCGGCAGCGCCAGGAGGAGGAUCGGUGGCUGCAACUGCGGCCUCUCUGGGAGCGGCCCUGGGCUGCAUGGUGGGGUUGAUGAGCUAUGGGAAGCGGCAGUUCGAGCAGCUGGACUCCAUCAUGAGGAAUGUGAUCCCUCCCCUCCACCAGGCCAUGGAUGAGCUGGUUGCGAUGGUGGAUGCAGACUCCCGUGCCUUCAGCAGCUAUAUGGAAGCUAUGAAGCUGCCAAAAAGCACCCCUGAGGAGAGGGAAAGGCGAGUGGUCGCCAUGCAGCAGGGGCUGAAAACAGCAGUAGAAGUGCCCUGCACCCUGGCAGUGAAGGUGAACAACCUCUGGUCCUCACUGAAGAUGCUGGCACACCAUGGCAACCUGGCCUGCAAAUCUGACCUCCAGGUGGGAGCCAAAAUGCUGGAAGCCGCUGUGUUUGGAGCCUAUUUUAAUGUCAUGAUCAAUCUCAAAGACAUAACAGAUGAGAAAUUCAAGACUGAGACAUCACAGAUGGUCACCAGGCUGCUGGAGGAGGCAAAGCAAGGCUCAGCACUUGUGUUGGCGCUGUUGGAGAAACGAGAAGCUUAAGAGGAUCUCAGAGCUGGGCCAGGGAAUACACAGAGGAUACAUAAAUACAGAUGGGAAACAUGCUUGUUCCUGCCUGGGCUUCUUUUGGCACCUUCGGGGAAGCUACUCCUCUUGGGAGGGUUAUGUUCCCUGCCUGUUCCAGCCUUUCCAUGGCCAAGGAUGAUUUUUAUUACCUGGGGCCUGGACCUUGCAUCCUUGUCCUCCCAUCCAUGAGGCAGAGGGAGCAGGCUGGGCUGGCGGUGCCAUGGGAAUCUUGUUGGUGGCAAUGGCUGGGACCCCAUCGUGCUGCCUGGCUGGAGGUGGCUGUGCACCUUGUAGUCCCCGCCAUCCAACUUGUCUCUGUGACCAGAAAACACCCUGAGACACUCCGUGAGACUGGGGCUGGGCCGGGCACUGGGGCCACAUCCCUUUCUGUGCAGUGUCUUCUUGUCAGUGUGUGAAAGGGCCUGCUGGAUCACUCAGUGCUGAGGGAGGGCAUGCUGCUGAGCACAGGGAAGCACUAGGCAGGAGGAGGGGGGGUGUUACUGGGAGGUGACGGUGGAGCUCUUCAUAGCCCUCCAGAGAGGAAGAUCCAAGCAUGGGGAGGCCUAGUCCCUGUCAGCCCUGUGGUCGAGGCUGUUGCUGGGUCUGAAGGCAGAUAUCACCUCCUCUGCGGAGCAAAUUGAGCUCAAUCUGCCCAGAGGGUGAUUACUGGGGGGAGCCCUCCACCCCCAGCCCUCUGUUCCUCAGCAGUGACACGGGGGGCCAUCAGCAGGGCCCUGAGCCCACUGUCCUGCAGCAGGUCCAGGAGGACGUGACCCCCCCGUGCCUGUCCCUGCACGCAACACCCACGCUGGGUGCAGCGCACCAGGGUUCAUGGCAGGGACGCCUGACUCACCCCAUCACCUGACACCACGUGACUGAUCAGCCCCACAGGACCUUUGUGCUGGGUGGGAGAGGAGUGCUGACGUUUACCCCGUGCCCAUGGUGACUGUCACAGCACUGGGAGUGGUGCUGCCAGUUUCACUGCUCCGCAGUGUUGCCCCUGCCCACCGCACCUUCCUCGCCCAGGCAGGGCUCUGUAUUUAAAGGUGCCCGAGGGCUGGGCCCACUGCUUUGGGAGAGCCACGCCAAGGUUGCCCAUCAGGACUGCGGUGCUCUCGGAAGGAACUGUUCUGUGGGCUUGGAAUCAGUAGAGGAUGUGGAACGCUAGCCAAGGCACACCACCACCACCACAGAUGCAAGUCUGCCCACCCGCCCCUCCGAAUUACCCGUGCCCUGGGCCCAGCAACCCUUGCUACCCAGCAGUGCCACCCGGCACCCCUGGUACCUGUCCCCCAGGGCCCCCUCCACCUUGCCCUCACCCACCAGGCCACCACCCCCAUGGGCACCACCCACCGGGACACCACCACCAUGGCCACCACCACCAUGGGCAUCCCCCACAUGGCCCACCAGGGUGCCCACCUGGGUGCCCACCCGGGUGCCCACCCGGGUGCCCACCAGGCUCCCAUGACUGCCAUCAGAAGCACAAGAAGAAGCACAAGAAGAAGCACUCCAAGUGUUCCCACAAGCACCAUGGAGGCAAGUGGAGGAAAAGCACAGCAGUGAUGCUGCAGCAGACAAGGCCACAGCAUUCCACUUUACCUCCUCUGGCCCUCACUCAUGACCUUCCCUGGACCCGCCCUGCCAGCUCCUCUGCUCCUUUGCACAAUCUACAUCCUGGACAUCUCCUCAUCCCUGUGCCACCUCCAUCACCCUGGGUGGUUCUAACUGGGAGCAUGCAGCUACCAGAGCCAGUCUGGGCAAUGAGCACCCCGGCCUGUGGUGCCAGCUCCUAGAGCCAUGCCGGGGGUAUAGGCCUGCAGCAGGAGUGGUGUGUGUUUCAAACCAGCUCUACCAGCAGGAGAGGAGUAAGGAGUCUCAUCUGCCCGUGUCUGUGUUUUAGGUGUCCUCCCUAAGGCAGCCCUAGGCAGGCACAGCCUGUGUGACUGGUUGUGCCAGUAUCCUGUCUGCAUGGCUGUGUGGCUCUGCGAUACAUGCUUUCCUACUGGUUCAAACUGUAAAGGGGAAGGCAGCAGUCACUUCCCCAGUCUGAGCAGAGAUCCCAGGGUCCAAAGUCUGCUGUAGACUUUGGCUAAGCAGGAGCAGUCCUGGGGCAGAGCAGCUGGAGGAGGUGGCCAUGCUCAUUGCUCUUUACCUUCCUUCACAGUCCUUACCCACAGCCCUGGGCCAAGGGAAUACGAAGCAGGUGAAGAAUGGUGUCUGCCUUUGUCACACUGAGAGACUGUAGUCCAGAUGGGCACUGUGAACAUGGGGAUGGGGCAAUGAAACAGGUCUGUAAGACAACUGGAGGCACAGGACAGUGAGCUGGAGGGCUCCCAUGAGAUUCCUGUGGUCCUCUGGGAUGUCGACAGUGCCCUGUGAUCCUCUGCUGCAGGGACCCGUGGCCUUGUGCUCCCAUGUUUGUGAGGAGAUGCAGAAGCAAACUUACCUUCAUUUAGUAGCUUAACACCAGGAGAAUAACUACCUGCUCAUUAAAAAUAAGAAUUUAAAAUAAAAAAUAAAAGAGGAAAAAAAAAGUGGAAGGAAAAUACGGAAUAAAGAGGCUUUUUUGGAAUAGGGUGAAAA